AUGCGACAGGAGAGCGCAACGGAACGGGAGCUGUUUGCCCUAUAUGAGAUGGUUAGGCACUUUAAACAUUAUCUGGUAGGCAAGCAAUUCAUAGUGCCUACAGACCGUCAGGGCCUAACGUACGCUACUGUUGAGCGAGCUAACUGCUCUCCAUUAAAAAAUAUGCAGUAUGCUGAUCCAGACACGAUCCCCGUAUAUGAGGAGCUACAGACAGUCUUAGCUAAGUCUACAGCCGAGGAGCUUGCUGAUGGCAAAAAAGAAUUCCUCGAACUCAGUUGGAAUUCGAAGUUCGUCACUCCAUUUGAGAAACGAUACAAGAAUGAUGAUGAUGAGGAGGAUGACUUGAACCCAAAAAGACGGCCGGUGUUCAUGAAGGUGGGAAUGGCCAAGGGGAUACCCUUAGAAGCUAAUGAUAAUCCACCGAUCCUCGUCCAGCUCAAAACCUCUUGA